AUGUACAGAAGAGGACGGUUAUCUGUUCCAGACAGCUCUGACAGCUUGGAGAGCCACAGGUUUGACGCAACCAAUAUGUGAGAGUCACCGAAAGCCCGCGAAGUUUCGUGUAGUUAAAGACAUGCUGAAAAAGUCUUAUGGGCGACCGUAUUUUACGUGUGCAAGUCGGGAGAAUCCUUGCAAUUUGAUGAAUGCUGUGUUUUUCGAAGCGGUUGUUUGUGAAAUUCGGAGAUUAUUGAAGGAGAAAUGUCCAGGCUGUGAAGUCGAUCAUCCGAGUCAGAGGAGACACGACUGUAUUAUGUUGUCAGACGAGGAGGGAUGGUUACUGCAUGGUUUGGGAGCAGUGGAGCGUGUGAUUGAGCGUGGAAUUGUGAAGAAACAGUUUCUUGAAGCUAUUCGAGUGAUGAAAUUGGAAUAUUACGGGCGUGCGAAAGAAUAUUAUGCGAACUUGAUAAAAGAUCGUGAAGUAACACUUGAUUUUUUGGAGGAUUUGAGAGGAAGUUUUCCUGAUUAUCAGCCCAUUUUGAACUACCUAAUGUAUUGGAGCGAGGAACAUUGUGCAUAA